AUGUCACAGCCUCUCAUCCUUACUCUACGCCUUGAUGUAGCGUCAGAGAAACUGCUCACCUCUCUACGGACCCGCUUCUUUCCUUCCCACCGAAAUUAUCUUUCUGCACACAUCACCCUCUUCCACGUACUCCCUGCCGUUCACCUCCCUCUCUACAACACAUAUCUCACUGAUAUUGCUUCUCGAGAACACGAUUUUACGAUUGGACUCAAGUCUCCUUUUCUGCUUGGUAAAAAAGGUGUGGCGAUAAACAUCGCUUCUUUCAAGCUCAGAAACUUGCAUGAGGAAAUUCUAAACGGAUUGCAAAAGAACGAUGUAGAGUUGACAGAGCAGGAUAAAACGAGGUUGAGACCUCAUGUCACGGUGCAGAACAAAGUGGGAGAGGAAGAGGCGAGGAAGACGAUGGAUGUUUUGAGUGCCGAGUGGGUGGAAAAGGCAGGGAAGGCGGAGGGGUUUAGUUUGUGGAGGUAUGAGAUUGGUGGAGAGUGGACUUUCUUGAGGGACUUUGACUUCAAGAGGAUAAGUUCCUGA